AGCCAGGAUAUGAGGCCAUAGCGGCUUAGGUGGCUGACACAGCAUGUCGCAAACUAGUGAAGGACAUGCACUACGAGGCGCGUGUUCAGGCCGUAAUUACCUACUACGCCGAUGUGGAAAAAAGGAAGGUCGGCAAGGACGUAGCAAGAAAUAUGUUUCUCACGCGGGAACAAUACUUGAGGGUGCCUCCGAACUGGUGUGCUGGCAAGGGCGCGUGCUGGGAAAUGAUGGUGGACAUGUGGCUUAGCGAGGAGUGGAUUCAGCGGCACAACUUAUGCCGGGAGCGCCGCUUGUUGAUGCAAGGUGCGCCACACCAUCAAGACAGCCGAGGCCUUCCCGAGUACAGGGAUGCUUGGUCGGGGUCACAUGAAGACCAGGAAUGCAAUGACUUCCAGGCAUACUGUAUGGCGCACAAGGGCAGGGCGACGUCCGACGUCUCCUACAACCCGGCGGAUCCACCCGAGGCGUACAGCAACCCGAGCGUCCACACGCGCAUCACUGAGUACACGGAGAUGGGAAAGGCACUCCAUGGGGACAUGGGAUCCGGCCACCCAGCCCCUUUCUGGAGAAGCCAUCAUGAGGGCAGGAGGAGGGAAGAAGCACG